GAGCCAAGAUGGCGGCGGGACGAGGGGAGUUUUUUCGGAGUUUAAUUGAGGGUUUAGAGAGGAAACCCGUCCAGCCGGCUCCGGUUGGACAACAGCGGGGUCGUGGUAGAGGAAAGCCGGGUACAGGACAGAGGAGGAGACAACGGCAGGCAGCACCGAGCUCGGUUAGCGGGAACAGCCUCAGCCGCCCGGACCCGAGAGCAGAGGGAAAUAAAUCACAUUUUCCUCACAUUAAAACGUCUCCACCCAGGAACAACUUCAUAGAAAGGCUGCCGCAUGAGAUCCUGGUGAAGAUUUUCUCGUACCUGGAUGCCACCUCGCUGUCUUACAUCAGCCACGUCAGCAAGCUGUUCUCCCAGCUCUCCAAGGAUGAUGUCAUAUGGCGUGGGAUUUACAUGUCAGAGUUUGGGUGUCGAAUGUGGAAUCUGAAGCCAGCAGCACCGAGGGUGGACCCAGCGGAGGUGGAGGGUUACUCGACGGGCCACUGGAAGGAGAAAUACUUCAGGACUGUGAAUGCGACGGAAAUGAACAUGUGGAGGAGAGAGAUGAUAAAUGUUCGGCCCUUCACUGGGUUACCGUGGAGGACAGACGGGUUCCUCAGGGAACUGCAUGUGAGCUGGGUGCUGACGGUGUGUGAUUGGCGGGGGCAGGAGGUAACGAUAAAGCAGAGCAAAGCGUUGUUCUUCCAGUCCUCUGUGAUCGUCCGCUGGAGUGAAGGAAGGUUCCCCAAAUACCAUCACAUCAGAGACAUGAAGCUGUACGGAGUCAGGAAGGAGACGCUGAAGACCAGGCCCGGCUGGCGCUCUCUGAUCUUAAAGCUCGACAUGAGGACUCGGCCUGCUCGGUUCAUUGACAGAGACAAAGCAGUCAAAGUGAUGCAUCACCAGCCAGGCUUCGUCGUAGGCGUCUGGAGGGUUGACGGCGGUGUGGCCUUCAUCAUGGUCAGCCUGCACCUCCACAGGCUGGUGGAGAGGAGUCUGCUGGGAUCUCCAGUCUGCCCGUUCUCUGAGCCUGACGACCCUCCACAUGUGGAUAACUCCGACCCUGAGUUUGGUCUGCACGGCUACAGUCUGCACGUCCUCCUGCACAAACCUGCCGCUGAGAUCAUGUCAGAAAACUUCGGCAAUCUGUCCUUUAACACGGGUCGUAUCCAACGUGGACUGUUGGAGAUGAGGGUCAUCAACACCACCGACUUGUUCCAUCACAGGCCGCUGUCUGGGAACAUCACGCUGCCCUGGGUGAGCGGCGCAGUGGAGGGCUCAGUGGAGAAAUGCUGCAUCAUGACGUUGACUCUGCUGGACGAGUUCCAGAAACCCUUCUGGUGCCUCAGCUCGCCCAUCGUCAUCACGCCGGCAGAGAGGCGGCUGUCGUUUGACUACGACGGUGAGCACUUUGUGAUGGUGCUCUACCGCACAGACGGCAGGGUGGAGUUAAAGCUGGUGUGGUUAAAGGAGAAGAGGCAGUUUUUUCUUAUUGGCUUCAACCUUUUUAUUCCUGUUCAUAGAGUUAACAAACGUUUCAGCUCUGCCUUCUGAAGUUCAGUUUGAGUUCACGUGUUUAUUUCUAAUUCACUUUCCUUGGUUUCAAUCAGCGUUCCAUCAGUUGUUUGUUCAUGUGUUUAUUUUAUAAAAAUAUUGAGUAAAAAAAAAAAGAAUUGUCAGCCUCCUGUUUGUCUGACGAGUUUCAGGAGAAAAAAAACAAUUAGAUUUAAUUUCAGAAGAAAGGCUUUUAAAAUUCUUUAUUUGAAUUUUGUUCAUAAUACAGAAAGUGUCACGGUUUUUGUUUCUAUUACAUUUGUAGAGUAAAAUACAAAAUGUAUGUAAAUACAUUAGUGACAAGAUCCUGAAAAAACAUAAGUUCACCUUAAAUUUCAGUAUUUACUGAGAACAUCUGAAUUUCAUUAAGUCAAUUGAGCGAGCCUUCUGUGAGAGUAGAAAGACAAAACACGGCCUUGACAGCAGAAAUUACAGCAGAAGAAAUCACCACAGCAAUUUCAAAACUUAAAUAUUAUUAAAAUGUCCAAAAUUAUGUUCAUAAAAUAUCGUAAAAAAUAUAAAUAAAAUGUCCGAAAAUACAUUAUUAAAAAUGUCUAACAAAUAUUAAUAAAAUUUCGGAAAAAAUAUAAAUAAAAUGUCCGAAAUGAUAUUAAUAAAAUGUAUGACAAAUAACAAUUAAAUAUCCGAAAAUAUAUUGUUAAAAUGUCCGACAAAUAUUAAUAAAAUGUGGGAAGAAAUAUUAGUAACAUAAUCGAAAAUAUAUUAUUAAAAAUGUCCGACAAAUAUAAAUAAAAUUUCGGAAAAAAUAUAAAUAGAAUGUCCAAAAUUAUGUUAAAUGUUGGACAAAUAUUGAUAAAAUGUUGGAUAAAAUGUCCAAAAAUAUAUUAUUAAAAUGUCUGACAAAUAACAAUAAAAUGUGGGAAAAAAUAUAAGUAAAAUAUCCGAAAACAUAUUAUUAAAAAUGUCGGACAUUUUAUAAAAACUUUUCAGACAUAGAAAUAAUUCUUUGGACAUUUUAUUAAUGAUAUUUGGGAAAUUUUACCAAAAAAUAUUUUCAGACAAUUUAUAAUCAUUGGUUGGACAUUUUAUGAAUGAUUGUCGAAUUAUUUAUCAACAUUUUUUUGGAGAUUUUACCAAUAUUUCGGUCAAUUGGACAUUUUAUAUCUGUCAGACAUAUUACUGAUAAUAUUUCAGGACAUUUUAUAAAUAAUAUGUUGAACAUUUAAUUGAGAAUUUUUCAGAUAUUUUAUUAAUAUUGUUUCAGACAUUUUAUUAAUUUUUUCAGACAUUUUAUUGAUCAUUUUUCGAUUAUUUUAUGAACAAUAUUUUUCUAUAUUGAGCACAGAUCUGAGUUCUUAAAUUGCUGUUGGGGUUCUUCUUAAUUUACUUUGAAAAAAUGUCUGAUUUUCGUGAGAUGUUCAGUUUCUGACUGUCACAAAUUGUGGUUACUGACUAACAUUCAGCUGUGUGCCACUGCCACAUAUUUCACUACGAUGUUACUUCCCUUUUGACUGAAAUAAA